AUGGCUGCUCCGGUGGAUCAUCCGAUUAGUGAAGGUAGUCCACACACAGAGGAGACGCCGGCGGCACAAGAACAGAGGGAAGAACCUGCAAACGAUUCUGAAGACGAGGAGGAUUCUAGCCAGGAGGAGGAUUCUGGCGAGAAUUCAGGCCAGGAGGAGUCGUCCGAGGAUUCAGGUGACGAGGAGGAGGCCGGCGAAGAAAGGAUUGUGCGGACCGUAAACUAUAGAGACUAUGAGUUAGAGCCUAUAAGUGAGAAGGGUGCAAAGUCUAUUAUAGGACACGUUUUAGAGGAGAGGCUAAAAACAGUUCGGUUUAAUGAUGGAGAGAAGGUAAAAGUGUGCUUGCUAUUGUUUUAA